AUGAGGCCUGCGGCAAGUCCUGGCAUUAUGCCCAGGCUCGCCGCAGGUGCCGCAGCGUGUGCGGACCAAGUCCGGCACAGCAGCAACAACUGCCCCAAGUGGCAGAAUUCCUCCGUGAUCCCGGCGAGCCCGGCGUCCUCCCUCCGAACCCUCUCUUUUCGCGGUCAGCCGUGGGGGAUUCCAUUGCUCGUCGUCGGGGUUGGCUCGGACACGCCAGGCACAGCCCUCCUCAGGACAAACGGCGGUUGCCCCGUCUUUGUCCCUCCUCUGGAGCCGCCAGGAGAACUUCUCCUUGAUGGCCCAGUCGUUCAGGGCUCGAGGAACUUGCUAUCGUCGACAGGGGCAGCGAGUUCAGCUAGCGAUGUUACGAUUACAGCUCACAGCUUGUCACAGCUUACGGUUGUUACGGUUGUUACGGUUGUUACGGUUAUUACGGUUAUUACGGUUAUUACGGUUAUUACGGUUGUUAUGGGGAUUACGGUUGUUAUGGGGAUUACGGGUGUAGCCUUAGCCACCAAGGUUACAACCGCUAAGCAGACAACUGUAUGUUAUGAGGAAUAG